CGAAUAUUGAUUUUCCGUCACUUUGCGCGCAACAUUUGAACUCUCUUCAAGUCAACCCAUUUUCCAUUACUAAAAAUUUGUGAUAAAAAUGAAACUAAUAACCCGUGUCUAUAUUUGAGUGUUCUUAAAUAAUCUUAUAUCAAUAAACCUUGAACAUAUCAAGCUAAUAGCUUAUUAAGUUAUUGUUGAUCAAUUUAAAAGCACCACAAUGUCAUCGGACGACCCCGCGCCGCCCGCCGCGCCCCCCGCGCGCCCCGAGCAGCCCCCGCCGCCCGCCGCGCCCCCCGCGCGCCCCGAGCAGCCCCCGCCGCCCCUAGACCUGUCCCAGCCGCAAUACAGUCAGGAAAACUACAUCGGACGAGCGAAGCACUUCUUCAAGCUCACCAACCCGCUCAACCUGUUCGUCAGCAAUGAUCAGUUAGAGGAGGCGAGGAGGAUCGUGCACACGUACCAGAAAACGAAGGUGAUGCCGGAAGGCUACGACGAGGAGAGGCUCUGGCGCAUGAAGUACCUGUACGACAGCGCCUUCCACCCGGACACGGGGGAGAAGAUGUUCGCCAUCUGCCGGAUGUCCGCGCAGGCGCCUAUGAACACUCUUAUUACUGGAUGCAUGAUAACGUUCUACAAGACGACCCCGCAGACGAUAUUCUGGCAGUGGGUGAACCAGACCUUCAACGCCGGCGUCAACUACACCAACCGCUCCGGCAGCCAGCCUAUAUCCAAGACACGUCUGCUCGCAUCAUACGUCGCGGCUUGCGGCGGGGCGUUGGGGACCGCUCUAUACUUGAAUAGUAAAGUUAAGACAAUGAAGCCGCUGUACGCGCGGCUGGUGCCGUUCGCGGCGGUGGCGGGCGCCAACCUCAUCAACAUACCCAUGAUGAGGAGCGCCGAGCUAUCAAACGGCACAGCCAUCUACACGGCGAGCGGCGAGCACGUCGGCGAGUCGCGCCGCGCCGCCGCCGCCGGCAUCGCCGCCGUGUGCGUGUCGCGCAUACUGAUGGCCGUGCCCGGGAUGACCCUGACCCCGAUGCUAAUCAACAACCUGGCGCAACGAGGAGUAUUCUGCCGCAACCCUCGCCUGGAGAUGCCGCUACAGAUGCUGAUAGUGGGCCUGUGUGUCACUAUAGCGACGCCGCUGGGCUGUGCACUGUUUACGCAGAAAGCGGCCAUUGGCGUGGAUUGGUUGGAGGCUGAUUUACAGGAGAAAGUGAAGAAAAUGGAAGGCAAAGAACCUAUAAAGGAAGUUUACUUCAACAAGGGGUUAUAAAUGACGCGGCCAUAUUCAGGCGUAGCUUGCGAAUACUUCUGACUCGGGUCAAUUAAAUAUCAAUUUUACCGAACCUCAUUACUUUUAAGGAGAAUUUUGGCACAAAAAUCUUCCUUUAGGUCGUUUUAUAACAUUUUCUUACAAUGCGUAAACCAAAGCGGUAAAUGCAUAAUACAAGCUAGCCAAUCAGAGAGUUGGAUUAUUAAAAUUGCAUGUCAACAACCAAUCAGAGGGAAGCUUUUAUCUCAUAUCGCUAGUAGCGCCGUCUUUACUUAAUUCUAUGCUAUUGUUCCCUUGAUUGUGGAAAAUAUAACGUAUGAGAGUGCUUGUGUUGCUAAUCCAAUGCAGAUAUUGAGUUCAAGUCAGCAUGCCUGUUAAUUGAUAUUAAUAUGUUUAGAAAAUGAUAAUAAUAAUAAUGGCGUCUAAUUUGAUUAUCGCUGGAUGCUUGUCCUGUAGUGUUGAGCGGCAAAGCUAAGAGCUUGGAAGACACUGCCAUUUUAAAUAUUAAUUGUAUAAGAGUUCUGAAUCUCUUUCAUUAUAAUUAUGUAUUUCAUUAUAUUAGGCUGGUACACAAUGGUAUACCUAAAUAACGUUAUUGCCCUUCCAAAUAUUGUGCAAAGCACUAUAACUAUAAUACUGCUCUAACUAAUUUAAUGGUUAUAUAUUUUUAUGCAUUUAUAAUGAAGGUACUAUUGUGGUUACGUAUUUAUUAUCGUUGACAUUCCAUAUUGUUUAAGUUUUUAUUGUUAUUGUUAUAUUCCAUCGAAUUAUUUUGUUCAUUACUUGAAAUUUUUAAAAUCAAGUAAGUACGUUAUUUAAUAUUUUUUUGGACUGUAUUUGUAUAGGUUACUUACCUCAUUAUGUUGAGUUGUGGCUUUUUUAUAAUCUAUACACAAAUGUUUUCUUGAUAUAUUUUCCUAAGCUAAAAUCCAAAGAGUUAUAAGUUUGAAUAAUCAAGUGAACAAACAACAUUCCAGGGUAAAAUUAUUGUUUUAUAAUUUACAUAAAAAACAUGUUUAGAAGGUCACGAAACUAAACUUAUGGUAAUAUUCCAAAUAAUGUAUAGAAUACGUGUAAAGGGAAAUGACUUGUAUGUGUAUAAGCCAUAAGACUCAUAAGAUAAAGCUGUCAAUUGAUUAUGUAAACUAAAUCGACAAUAACGUCUAGAAAUGUUGGACUAGUGUUAGGUACUAUAAAAGUAUGUAGGAGCAUCUAAAUAAAUACAUGAAGUGUUGAAAA